AUGGGGUGUUUGCCAAGCAGGGAAUUCCACGAGAGUCCACAGUCUCUUCAGUACAUCCGCACAGACUCGCUGGUGUUUAUUCGUCUUCCUCUCACCCCGCACUUCUUUCCAACUCCACAGUCCCUCGCCUUUCAACAACUGUUUGCCUGCCGGGCAGCACAAUCGGCAAAGUACGGAUUUGAUAUUCUGGACCCACACCGCAAGUGUUGUGGCCAUGCAGAAAUAACAAUAAUAAAAGAAAAAGAAAAAGAAAUAUCAGGAAUAUUUACUCAGGAUUCACAAAAGUCAUAUUGUAAGCGAUGUGAUAAGGAAAAGGAAUUCAAUUUAAAAACGAAUCGUGACUGUCAUAAUAAUAAAUACGAUGAUGAUGAUGAAGAGGAAGAGGAUUGGGAUGGUGUUUGUGAAGAAGAAUUGGAAAUGAAUCCAUCCGCUAUCUAUCGUGAGAAGAAAGAUUAUCUUAUACCCACAAGUAAUGAGCAUGAUAACAGUACAGUUUACUUAACUGAUGAUGGAAUAGAAAAGGAAGAAAAUAAACAUAAUGAGGAACACAUACAUCACUGCUAUUGUAGAAGCCCAGAGGAACUGUAUAGAGUACUAAUCACUCAGGGUACUGUUCCUGCAAUAACUGAAACAAAUGCGGAGAUGCGAGCUUUAUAUGAUAAGGAACUCGCAUGGCGUAGUGCACGAGAAAUAAUUCGAAACUAUCGACAACAACAACAACAACAACAAGAACAAGAAGAAGAAGAACAAAAUGAAGAGAAAAAGAAAAAUAAACGGGAAACUGAUAUUCCUGCUGCUGUUCGCGCUGCAGAGAAGGUUUUACCACCUCAAAGGUUUUUAUGGCCUCUUCCUACUGCAGUACUUAACGUUCUAACACCUACUGACAACACCUACCAAACACCACCAGAUGAUAUUAUCAGAAAUACUCUACCCUGUGAUGGGAAAUUACACUUAAUGGAAUACAACAGUACACUCUUCCUUGUUGCUUGUUCAAAUACUGAAGUUGAUACAUAUAUUGUAUCCCCUAUCGCAGUUCGUGUUGUGGGAUGUGACUCUUUAAUUCCCGCCGUGUGUCGAGGAACACCGUGGUUACGUAAACUUAAUGCUACUCCUAAUAUUAUUAAUUAUAAUGAUUAUAAUGAUUAUAAUAAUAGUGAUGAUAAUAAUAAUGAUGAUGAUGUGGAUUUAGAAGAAGAUAGGUAUAAUGAAGAACUUCCACCGUUUCAGCGACCUCCGGUGUUGUGUGCUUGUCUCUUUUGUGGAGUGGAUGUUUGCUGUAAAGCCAUUAGUCGUGCACAACUUGCAGGAUAUGGACAUUACGCUUUGCAUUCAAAGAUGACAGGUAUGUCUGGGUUAAUUGUGCGACCGGUUUGGCAUUUGGGAAUUGCCUCCAAUGUGCCAUUAUUGCGAUUAACCGCAGAGCUGCGGGGUCUCCUGCAGGGUGUGAAUUUUUCUACUUAUUCUUCUGUGGUUACGAGUAUUCGUGGAAAACGAAUCUUAUUGCGUUUUCAGGAAAAGGCAGUGAUGGCGGUGUGUGAAGUGUGUGCACGAUCCGAUAACUUUGCGAAAGAAUUGCACUGUCAUCACAUGCAGCAGCAGCAGCAGCAGGGACAAAAGGAAGAGGAAAAAGAAGAAAAGCUGAUGGAAACAUCUAUAUUUUAUGAUUACGGAGGGCGUAUUGGGGUACAUUCAAAGACUGGUGAGUUGUGUGUUACGACACAUAUACGUAAUUCUCUCCAUAUGCUGGAAGAUGCUAGUUUCAAUGAAGAAAAGGAAGAAAAAGAAGAAAUGGGGGAAAGGAAGUUAAGGGGAAAAAGGGUAGGGAAAGAAAAUGGAAAGAGAAAGACAUGUUGUUGCAAAACAGAGUUAGUGUUCGUUGUGACUAUUCCUUGGAAAACUGCGAAGGGUCCAUCAUCGCAAAGGACUAUUACACCAACUGUUGCAGCAACAGAGGAUGAAAAAAGAAAGAAAGUAAAAUAUUCCUUUUCUGAUGGGGACCUUAUAGUGUACAAUCGUACUCGUGAAGAAUGGGAAUUGUUACCGCCGUCUCUUGUGCAAUUAGAGCAUGUGUUGUUGUUUUGGGUUAGAAAGACUCUUGACAAGAAUGUAUUUAGCCGUUCUGAUAGUGGGUGGCUGCGUAGGCGACAACCAAAUCAGCAGAUCGUUGAAGAAGGUCGAUUUCAUAUUUGGAGUUUUAUUCAUGAUGGUGUCCCUUAUUUUUUCGGUAUCAUGCCAAAGUUUGCCAAAGAGCGUCGUAAGAGAGAAUUAUCAUUGCUACGCAAAACGCAGCUGGAGAGAAAACAGAUAGAGCAAGAACCUCAACAACAAGAUAACACGGACAAUACCCAGAGUCUGCAGCAGGAACACUCACCUAAAAGAACAAUGGGACAAACUAAAAGAUAUGGUGAUGCGGCAAACUAUUUUCGUAACGGCUGUUUUAUGUGGAAUCCAUACGGAAGACAAAGAUGA